AUGAACAAAGAAAGCGAUGCGCAUGUGUCAGAGGCUCAGGCGUCUGAAGUUUAUGAGCUUAUGGAAGUUGAUGAGGACACAGACAGCGAAGAAGAAGAGCUGCUCACCAGCGGGGAACAAAAAGAGAAGAAUGAUCAGCAGCCCGAAGUCGAGCAAGAGACCCUGCCAGUGGCAGCAUCUGAUCCGCAGCCCGAAGACCCGCUCGAGAAUGUGUCAGUGGGAGCAUCUGAACAGCAGCCCAUGAGCGAAGAUGAGCAGGAGAUCCUGUCAUUGGCGUCUUCUGAUCAUCAGCCUAUGAGCGAAGAUGAGCAAGAGGCCUUGCCAGUGGCUGCAUCUGCUCAAGCGACUAACAAAAGUUUGUUUAAACUUGCGAUGGACACAAGCAUCAACCAAGAGACAAUUGCCACCGAAUGGGUGGAAAUGUAUAAAGAAAGUCGCUCCACGGCCCUGUUGCGUUUGAUGCAGCUUUUGGUGGAGGCAAGUGGCAGUCAAUAUGUGAUACCCGCGGACACUGCGGCGCCCUUCAAGUACAUGGACAUUCUGCUGGCAGCCACGCAUCAUUUUGCUUGCGUAAGCAUUGAAAUAUACAUAGAAUACUUCUAA